AUGAGCGAGGCCCGCAGGGACAGCACGAGCAGCCUGCAGCGCAAGAAGCCCCCCUGGCUGAAGCUGGACAUCCCAGCCGUGGUGCCGGCGGCGGCGGCGGCUGUGGCGGCCGAGGAUCCCAGCUCCCUGCCGGCAGGCCCUGGCCAGCAUGGGCUGUGGGUCCAUCCGGCCCAGCCCGCUCACCACGACCCCGCCACCCAGCCCCUGAGACGCCAGGCUUUCUUGCGGAGCGUGAGCAUGCCGGCCGAGACCGCUCACGUCCCUUCGCCUUACCACGAGCCCCGGCGGCCGGUGCUGCACCGGCAGACAUCCAUCACACAGACCAUCCGCAGGGGCACCGCGGACUGGUUCGGAGUGAGCAAGGACAGCGACAGCACCCAGAAGUGGCAGCGCAAGAGCCUCCGCCACUGCAGCCAGCGCUACGGGAAGCUGAAGCCCCAGGUCAUCCGGGAGCUGGACCUGCCCAGCCAGGACAACGUGUCGCUCACCAGCACGGAGACGCCCCCGCCGCUGUAUGUGGGGCCAUGCCAGCUGGGCAUGCAGAAGAUCAUAGACCCCCUGGCCCGGGGCCGGGCCUUCCGCAUGGCGGAUGACACCGCGGACGGCCUGAGCACCCCGCACACGCCCGUCACCCCCGGCGCCGCCUCCCUCUGCUCCUUCUCCAGCUCCCGCUCAGGCUUCAACCGGCUCCCGCGGAGGCGCAAGCGUGAGUCUGUGGCCAAGAUGAGCUUCCGCGCGGCCGCGGCGCUGGUGAAGGGCCGCUCCGGGCGGGACGGCACCCUGCGCCGGGCGCAGCGCCGCAGCUUCACCCCCGCCAGCUUCCUGGAGGAGGACACGGCGGACUUCCCCGAGGAGCUGGACACGUCCUUCUUCGCCCGGGAAGGUGUCCUCCACGAGGAGCUGUCCACGUACCCAGACGAGGUGUUCGAGUCCCCCUCGGAGGCGGCGCUCAAGGACUGGGAGAAGGCGCCGGACCAGGCGGACCUCACGGGCGGCGCCCUGGACCGCUCGGAGCUGGAGCGCAGCCACCUGAUGCUGCCCCUGGAGCGCGGCUGGCGGAAGCAGAAGGAGGGCGCGGCGGCCCCGCAGCCCAAGGUGCGGCUGCGGCAGGAGGUGGUGAGCGCCGCGGGGCAGCGGCGCGGCCAGCGCAUCGCCAUGCCGGUGCGCAGGUUCUUCGCCCGGGAGAAGCGGCCGUACGGGCUGGGCAUGGUGGGCCGCCUCACCAACCGCACCUACCGCAAGCGCAUCGACAGCUACGUCAAGCGCCAGAUCGAGGACAUGGAUGACCACAGGCCCUUCUUCACCUACUGGCUCACCUUCGUGCACUCGCUCGUCACCAUCCUCGCCGUGUGCAUCUACGGCAUCGCGCCCGUGGGCUUCUCGCAGCACGAGACCGUGGACUCGGUGCUGCGGAACCGCGGGGUCUAUGAGAACGUCAAGUAUGUGCAGCAGGAGAACUUCUGGAUCGGGCCCAGCUCGGAGGCGCUCAUCCACCUGGGCGCCAAGUUCUCGCCCUGCAUGCGCCAGGACCCGCAGGUGGACAGCUUCAUCCGCGCCGCCCGGGAGCGCGAGAAGCACUCGGCCUGCUGCGUGCGCAACGACCGGUCCGGCUGCGUGCAGACGUCGGAGGAGGAGUGCUCGUCCACGCUGGCGGUGUGGGUGAAGUGGCCCUCCCAUCCCAGCGCCCCCGACCUGGCCGGCCGCAAGAGGCAGUUUGGUUCCGUCUGUCACCAGGACCCCAGGGUGUGUGAUGAGCCCUCCUCCGAGGACCCCCAUGAGUGGCCAGAUGACAUCACCAAGUGGCCGAUCUGCACCAAAAGCAGCGCCGGGAACCACACCAACCACCCCCACAUGGACUGCGCCAUCACGGGCCGGCCCUGCUGCAUCGGCACCAAGGGCAGGUGUGAGAUCACCUCCCGGGAGUACUGUGACUUCAUGAGGGGCUACUUCCACGAGGAGGCCACGCUCUGCUCUCAGGUGCACUGCAUGGAUGACGUGUGCGGGCUCCUGCCCUUCCUCAACCCCGAGGUGCCCGACCAGUUCUACCGCCUGUGGCUGUCCCUCUUCUUGCACGCUGGCAUCCUGCACUGCCUGGUGUCCGUCUGCUUCCAGAUGACUGUCCUGCGGGACCUGGAGAAGCUGGCAGGCUGGCACCGCAUCGCCAUCAUCUACCUGCUGAGUGGCGUCACUGGUAACCUGGCCAGUGCCAUUUUCCUGCCGUACCGGGCAGAGGUGGGCCCGGCCGGCUCGCAGUUUGGCAUCCUGGCCUGCCUCUUCGUGGAGCUCUUCCAGAGCUGGCAGAUCCUGGCGCGGCCCUGGCGCGCCUUCUUCAAGCUGCUGGCGGUGGUGCUCUUCCUCUUCACCUUCGGGCUGCUGCCCUGGAUCGACAACUUCGCCCACAUCUCGGGCUUCAUCAGCGGCCUCUUCCUCUCCUUCGCCUUCCUGCCCUACAUCAGCUUCGGCAGGUUCGACCUGUACCGGAAGCGCUGCCAGAUCAUCGUCUUCCAGGUGGUGUUCCUGGGCCUGCUGGCCGGCCUGGUGGUCCUCUUCUACUUCUACCCGGUGCGCUGCGAGUGGUGCGAGUUCCUCACCUGCAUCCCCUUCACCGACAAGUUCUGCGAGAAGUACGAGCUGGACGCCCAGCUCCACUGA